UAACGACGGCUGGACUAUAUAGUGAUCGAGAAAGGACAGGAGGUAAGUAAGUAUAUAUAGAGAGUAAGAUUGAAGAAAAGAUAACGGGUAUACGAUAUGGAUAUCCUGCAACAGAUACACUGCUUAUUGAAGGGUCUUGUCUGGCUUCAUGAACGAAGAAUUGUUCAUAGAGAUUCUAAACGGUUUAAUAAGUUCAUGAAUUUUGCGUGUGGUGACCGCUGGAAUCACUCUUCUUCUGGACGCAGGUCUCCAGAGAUACUUCUGUCGUGGGGGCAUGUUAACAUAAUGGUUACUUUGACUAUAGCAUAGCCAUCGUGUUUCCUCGAGUGCCGUCUUCCAUACUGGAAACCGUGGGACGGUACUGAUAAUUGGCAUGUGUAUGAUACUGCACAAGGAG